UGGCACUAAGCAUCUGGGUAGUGAUGGGCGCGUAUGUGUCUGGAAAACACCCCGAGCCUCUGCCCACCUCUGUCACCGGAUGCGACAACAAUCUGACGUCACUAAUGCCGUCAACCACGCCACUCGCAGCCAACACCAGCUCCCUGCCACUGGAGCGACAGGACGAUGGGUUUAUAGACCAAUACGUGUACGGUAUUUCAUACCAGCUGUACAAUCUUCUCGGCUGCCUGAUGUGCGUCAUCGUAGGCUCUGUUGUCAGUCUGCUUACAGGAUGCAACCGACAGGGUGUGAGCAAAACGCUGGUCAAUUCUCUGACCUACACACUGCUGAACAGAUUUAAUCAUCGCCAGACUGCCUGCUGCCCAGCCGGGCGUGACGGCCCGUCUGACCCCCAGGACAUCGCAGAGAGCAUCACGUUCCUGAAGCCCCCGCAUAUGAAGGCUGAGGCCGACUGUGCGCCGCCGGUCGGCAGCACUCGUCCAUGAUCGCUAUUGGCACGGUCGGCCGCUCGGCAGGGAGGCUAGUUCCUGUGCCCGACUCGUCGGGGACUUACGACCCAAGCUCCACACACUGAAGUGGCGUCACAGAUACUCGCCAAUGAAGAGCGCCCUUAAUUCCAAAUGUGUACACCAGUAAAAUCAACUGAUUCAAUCUCAUGGAGGCAUGUAACGCGCAGGAAUGACGCACUUGAAUCUCAUUUCAAGGAUCAAUUAUUGGCAAGUUAUGUAUAGAGGUUAUAUGUCGAUCACACUAUGCACAUGCGAUCGAAACCUGACCAUCUCCGGGCAUACGAGACCAUAGUGAAUCGACCGCUGCCAUGCCUUGUUACGUCAACAACGAUUUACUUGUAACAAACCCACCCAAUGCGCUCUCCGCCAAGUAUGGAGUAGGCUUGGGUCGUGACGUCAUAUGUAAGGAACGGCGUUACUCCUAUGUGGGGGAUGGGCUUCCAUUGGCUAACGAGACUCAGGGCAGCAGUGAGGCCGACUUAAGGCUGACGGCGGCGACAUGCUCGCGGUGACCCAGGCGUUGCGGCAAGGCUUCGGGCUGAGCCGGGGA